AAAAAACUCUAUUCCAAGCCAGAGUCUCCGCCAUUUUGGAGAGGCAGCUGGCUGUCGGAGUGAGUCUGCGAAGAGAGGCCGCUGAGAUUCAGAAGAUCGGUUUUCCUGAUUUUUUUUGUUGUCCUGCGGAAGGACCGCCUCCCUCCUCCUCCUCCUCCCCCGCCCCCCCAUGAGUGACCUCGCGCCGCGCCGGUGAAGCUGCAGUGCGCAGGAGCGGAAGUGAGAGCUUGUUUUGGGAGCGAGGGAUACAUCCUCAAAACGGUCUCCCAGUUUCUUAAAUCUUUAACUGAGCACGCACCUUCACAGUCCUGGUACUCUCCUUGCUCUAUGGUCUUUAAUAGAGAGUGCUCAAGCUAAGUGACAUGAAGAUGGAAGCAGCAGAGAAGACAGACUUCUCAUCCCAGGAUGGUCUGGAGGAAGCUGAGACUUCAACAAAAGGCAUUGAGACAAAAGUUGGUGACACCAGCAAGGUAGAUGAUGGGUCAUUUCAGAAAGAGACCUCAACAGCCAAAUUGAGAAAAGAAGACCAUAACCGUCCACCAAAACUAAGUGGGCUAUCUACUGAACCUUGUUUGUUGAUGGAACUUGGGCAAGACUCUUCUGAAUCCCAGCUUCCAUCUGCAGACAGCGAUAAGCAAACAACUGGCCGAACCUAUGACAGUGACUCUUCAAAUCAGUGUAUGGUUUCCCCUUCUUCCAGCGGUCAUUUGGCAGACUCUGACACACUUUCAUCUGUAGAGGAGAAUGAGGCACCUCAGGUAAACGUGGCUGUGGACGAGGAUCCUUCAGGAGGAUCUGGUCCUGCAGUCGGCAGAAAAUCACGACGAUCCAGGUCUGAGAGUGAAACAUCAACCAUGGCUCCUAAAAAGAAUCGCUCAUCAAAUGACAAGCAAAACGGCCGUGUUUCAAAGGUUAGAACCCAGAAGCAAAAGGAACGGAUACGAUUGCUACGGCAGAAACGUGAAGCAGCAGCUAGGAAAAAGUACACGUUGCUGCAGGACAGCAGUACGAGUGAUAGUGACUUGACGUGUGACUCCAGCACAAGUUCAUCAGAGGAUGAGGUCUCUGGAAACGGCAAGAGGACGAUUAGUGCAGAGAUUCCAGCUGCCAACAAUCGCGCAGAGGGGACUGCAGGCACUGCUGCCCAAAUGGCUGGACUACUGGACAGUGGGAUCUCAUGGGAGCGGAACUGUAUCGGCAAUGUCCUGGAGGAAGCAAUGAACUGUUUUGCGGAGAUGCAACGGCAGACAGAGGAGAGAUUCCGGAUGUGGAUGGAAAAACUGACCCGCUUGGACACUGAUGAGGACACAAAACAGCAACCGAAUCGACAGGAACUCAAAAUGCCAACAAGGGUCUCUUCAAUGCCGGCUCCUAAUCAACCCAGCACAUUUAUGCAUCUGCCCAGUAACCAUUCAAAUCCACAACAAUCAUAUAACCCUUAUGUGAACAACGAUCCAAAUGCUGAUAAUCCGCCAGCAUAUCAAAUGGCUUUCAACAACAACCCGUCAACUGGGUUUCAGGAGAAUGGAAACUCCUCUGGUCAGGAUCUCAAUCAUUCAAAUCUUUAAACAGUUAGAAAUUGAAAUAUUUCAAUUAAACUCCCAGAAAAACUAGAGUUUUUGAGGGGAGAUCUUUUAACUACUUAGAUUUCUAAACAUCAUACAUGGGCAGCAAUGCAGUUUUUGUACACAAUGCAGAAACUUCAGUGGCCAGGUUGUUAAUCUUAGAAUGACUGCUUGAAAUACAGAAUUUUAAAGCCACAAGUCACCAUGAUAACUAUAACAACCUACCUCUGAUUUUACCUUUGGUCACAUUGUAAGGCAUAAAGACUUUGCUAAAUGUAACUGUGCAAUUAAUCAAAAUUAUAAUUUUUAAAUUGUCCAAGUUACAGUAACAGUUAAAUGAAAACUACUUUUACAAUUUCAAGUUACUUAUUAGGUUAAUAAAAUACAAAAUUACAUUUCAGGUUGGUGCACCCACAAGGUUCUGAUUUUGCACAUCUGAGACCGUCCCAAUUUGCAUGAAGUGACCAACAAAAGCCCAGUAACCGCCAUCAUACUUUGCCUAGAUAAUGUGAGAUGGGGAAAUGCUUGCCAAAAGACGAAGUUGAUGAUGCCUCAGCUUUGCAUUUUACAAAAUGACUCCCUUUCUUCUUUAUCUCUUCUUCAUCCAAUGCAUUUCUUACCUGCCUCCUCUUUUCCCUUUAAACUUCUAUUUUUUUUCUGCCCCCUCUCCGGUCCUUGUACUCCAAAAAACCUCACUAUUGUCCUUGUUUUUUAAAAUUGAUGCUAUAGAAACCUGCUUCAUGCCUGAUGCUACUAGUAAGAACAGAAAGUAGAGGUAUAUUUUGAAGCAUGUUUAAAAUGAGGUUGCAGUUUCCUCCUUUUUACUAUUUUCAGUACGGAUAAUGGAUAGACAAAGCCUCUGAAGCUCCCAUCACUUAGUACCAGUGGUACUGUGUGCUUUUUUUUCCAGCUAGACUGUGUUUCCAUCAAAGUCACUGCACAUUACUGUAAUUCCUUGUUUGGGGUGGGGCACUGAUUGCAUGGCCUCACAGUAACCAACAGGAAUUGAAAAUUGAUCAGUUCAGGAUCUGGGACUAACCUUUAUGGGUUGCAGCAGCAGAAAUGAUGAAUUUCAAGUCCAUUAAGCCAGUGAUAAAAGUUAUGCCAAAUUGUGUUUUGCCUAAUGCCAUGAUACUAAUUUGCAUAUAGUUGUAGAAACCUAACACUUGUUCACUCAGGUUUAGAAUACAUUGACCCAGUCAAUGUCCACAAUAUGUUGGUGCAUCUUAAAACAAUCAAAGUGUCCUGUUGGUGUUGAGCUGGCACUUUACUUGGACAAUUAUAUCAUUUGCCUGUAAAUAUUCUUUUCCUAACCUGUAUUGGAUUUGGGAGACAUCAUAGAUUAACCCCUCUCAGCCAACUGAUCUGAAUAAAUCGAGCUUUGAAUUGUCUCUGCAGUCUGCAAGUGCAGUCCAUAUUUAGCUACCUCCCGUCACCCCCACUCGUCAGCAAUCCCCCACCCUCCCCGCCUCCACUGUGCCCUGAAAAUAUUGGUUAAAUGGUUUCUCAGUGUUGAGGUCUCAUGUUCAUUGCAAUAUAUAUAUAUAGAAUAAUCAAACAGCCAGGAAAUUUGACAUGCUUUCACCCCAAUUGAAAUGCAUUUUAAAGAAGGAAAAUACUGGGGAUGUUGGAAAUAAAAAACUGAAAAUCCUGGCAGUCAGGACUCGGCAGUGAGGCAGCAUCAAUGAAGUGAGAAACGGUUAACAUUUCAAGUCGAUAACCUCUCAUUAGAAUGUCAGAAAUGUGUUUUAAGUUGGCCAAAAAUUUACAUUAAGCUUCAAUUUUAGAACAUCUAAUAGCAGCAAUAGAACUGAUCCCGGUACAGUAGGUUAUUUGCUUCAAACUUGAAUAAAUAUAACACCCAAAUGUCAUUAAAGAGUGGAGAAAUAAAUAAAGCUUUUGAUUACUGAUACCCUUUGCAGACUGAGCCACAGGUUUCCAAAUACUUGGAUUGUGCAAUGAGGUUAUAAAAGAUAAUUGGAAGAUACAGAUUAUAAAUUUGAGAUGUAUUUUACUGACACCGCAAAAUCAAUGCUUGCUUGACCGAAAUAUACAUGUUAUGAUAUAGAAUAUCCAGGAGUUCUUACUUAGCAUAUAGAUCAAAUUUCAUGUAAAAAUGGUCCUGAACAUCUAAAUGAUGAGUUAAAUGCUUAUGAUGGUGCUGACUUUAUCUUAACUUUUGAUCCGUGGUCUUUCCUGAGAUAAGUUCUACUAAAGUGACAAUUGGAAGCUGUGGCUGGGAGGGUUUUCUAGAUGAAUAGGCUAAGAUCAACCAAAUGGCCUUUAUCAUCUGUACUUAUCUUGUGACCUUAGCUCGGGCAAUAACAGGUUUUGCAAUUGGUAUCACAUUGCCCCUAGGCUAUAGAACGGGGAAAUGAUCUGUCGAAGGGUCAUGAGGACUCGAAAUGUCAACUCUUUUCUUCUCCGCCGAUGCUGCCAGACCUGCUGAGUUUUUCCAGGUAAUUCUGUUUUUGUGUUGGGGAAAUGAUCAGCUAGGGCUCUUGUGAUUGCUGUCUGUUGACUCCUUUUGGAAUGCACAUUUAAAUGUUGGCUGUGGGCAGAUUUGGCUUAGCUGUAAUGUUUUCCAAGCUUGCCAAGUUCACCUUUAAGUAUUGCAUAUAAAGAAUGCCCAAUUGACUGAAGUUCAUGAGGGCUGUCUGAGGACAUCUAUCCUAGCAUGAAUUAGUACUUUCAGGAGCAGAGGGAAGCAAUUUGGAAAGAAAUGCAAAUUGAUUAUGGGGUGAGGGAUAAAAUUUCUCAAAGCAAAAAUAUUUUAGAUCACCAGUCUCCCAGUGAAAUGACCAUAUUAAUAUAGUAGGUUCACAGUUUUAGAUUAUGCUAGUGUCAGGGGCAUAAUGAAAUGUAUGUAUGUGAGUUUUACCCUUAUGUCAAUAAGCCGUUCGUGAAUGUGUGCCAUUCUGUUAAACAAUUGCAAUCUAGAUAACUGAAGUUUAGGCUUAGUUACAUUUAGUAUCUCAAUUAAAGCAUGGAGCUUCCAAAAAUGAGAGUUUUUUUAAAAAAGCAACACAAGGCAUGUUCAAAUUCAAAUUUUCAAAUACGCUCACUGAGGUAACUUGAAGUUCAGUAUUUCUGUGGUUUAUACAAAAUGAUUACAUGUCUAGCUGCUUUAGUUUAUCCAUUGCAUGUGCCAAAGUUCACACUACAAAAAACACCCCACUUUGGGCAAUUCUUCGAUUUAAAAUUUCUUUUUAAAAAGUAGUACAGCUGAAAAAGGCUAUACAUAAUAUUUAACAUACAUUAAUGCAGAAACAUCAAUGUAGAUGGAUUUCUGGGAAGCACUAUAGCCCUGAAUAACAGCCUUGACCACGGUGUUAGCUUUUUGCGCCAGUAUUGAGAAAAGAUGAAGGAAAGGACAUUGUCUGUUAUUGUGAUGAAGAAUGAAUAUUGCAUACCUUUCCAUUAGAAGUAGGAAAUGUUUCAUGAGUGAGUUCAGGUGGCUAGUUGAAAGAAUCUGUAAAUCCAAAAAAUUCAGGGGGGAAGGGGUGGGUGGCCUUUUGAAAACUGAGUUGUGUCCUCCUAAUUUUCUGAAUUUCAUUUUAUGCUGUUACUCAGCUUUCUAAGUUUCCCUGCCUGUGUUCCAUUAUACUGGAUAUCUGUCAUUCCUAAAGUUCACAGGGAUAACUUCAUGGCAUGGAGCUUUUUUACGGUCCUUUGGUCUUUGCUGUCAAAUCACUGAGAGUUUGGUGACUUUUCAAACUGCUUUUUAACCAAAAUGCUUUGUAUGCCAUCCUCUGUGUUUCUCCAACAUUUAUGUGACUGCAACCAAUGGUCUUUUCCAUCACCAGAAAUCCUUCUGUAGUUUUGACUUCAUACAGUAUUAGAGAAAGUUAAGCUUAACUUGUGUUAAAGAGUUUAUAAGAAAUUUCUCUAACAGCCUUUCUGCUCCCACAAAAAAAUGUGGAAAUAUACACAUGACAUGAAGUAUUGCAACAUCUUUUUGUUGAUAUAUUAAUUUUUAGGGAAUUGGAACUUUUUUAUGGAAUCAAUAAUUUUCAACUAAACAGCCAUGUAAAAUUAUUUCACAGGCAGGCAAUUUUUCUGAUGUUCUGAUGUUUCAUUCUGGAACAAUUUGAAUUUGUACCUUUUUUGGAAGAAACCUGUCACUAAUUUUUUAUAUAUGUGGCGUGUACUCCUUAACCAUUGUUCUUUAUCCCUCAUUUGGCUGCUGUUAAAAGUGAUCUGGAACAUAUCUCUUGGUGGCCUGCCUGAAUUGAAGUUUAACUAAAUUUGAUUCCAUGGCCUUUUCAUUGUUGCUGGUUUUUAAUUGUUUUCCUAGGUCCCCAGAGUAGUCAUGCCUUAGUUGUGGCUAGCUGGCUACUUAAUGUGCCAAAAGCAGUGUGCUGAUGACUCCAAUCAUUCUUUGUAGUUUGGACAUAGUUUUCAUUAUUGUUUUAUUUUGUUGCCAGCUAUCCAAGUAGACAGAUUAAUGCAAACAGACAGAUAGCUGCUGGACUUUGUUUUCUGUGGGGGUUUGGGGGCAAAUGGAAGAGAAAAGCAAUUCUAUAAUGAUUUUUAUAGUGCAAGGUUUAUUUUUUAAAAUUGUAACAAUGUCAUGAGUGGUCAUGGUUGGUUGUUUACAGCCCUGUCCCCGUUAGUUUGAGUCCAAGCACUUCCCAAUGCUUAAGAUAGGACCCAGAAUUUAUUAGCUGUUAUUUCAGGUAAGGAAGGGAUGUCUCUCUCCAGAGUGGGGAAAGAAAUUACUGGGCAGCAUUAGAUACCCUCCUACCUUCUACCAGCCAAAGUAUAAUUGGAAAGUCACAAUACAGCACCUGUUUAUUUGUUCUGUUUUUGUUAUGGUGCGAUAUGUUGUAACAUUACGCAACCUGAAAAGUGCCACCUCAUAUGAAGGUUUGUGAUAUAAGAGAAAUCCAACUCCCAUCAGUCUAGAUUGAGAUGCAUUCUCUUUGCCCCCCCCGCCCACCCCCUUCUCAAAGAAUUGUUUUGAAUUCCACACUUCCUCUUAUUUGGUUUUGUGGAUUUACCAGCGUGCUAGCGAUUAAAGCAGUCUCUGAAAUCUGUGGCUCACUAUAAUGAUGAAUGUAAAGUAACUCCAAAGAUGAUAUUCUUGAGCAGAUUUUGAAAAAACAACUCAAGUUGAUCAAUGGAGGUGGGGUUUCAUCUCUUUACUCUGUUACUGAAGCUGCUACUUGCACUGGAACAGUGAGUUAUUACACAUCUAUAGACACUAGUUGUGGACAACAUUUACAGUGCAAUCUGCUUUAAAAACAAUAAACUCUGUACUAGAGGUGGACACAAAUACCAGAACCUGUGAUUUGUAUUUUGAGAUUGAUUUAAAUUUGUGCAUUUUUUGUUUGCAUUUUAACAGUUUUCACUGCAAGCUUUCAAUUCCGUUUGUAAUUUAAAAAAAAAUGUUUUUUCUGGCUUGUCUUUUCAUACACUUAUAUUUUGAUGUGGCUAUGACUUUAAGCUCAGAGUUUUGGCAUCUUAUGAGACAUCACAUAAGAAGUAGGAGCAAGAGCUCAGUAAGAUCAUGGCUGUAUUUCUACACCAAAACCUGUUGGGACACACUUAUGGAGGAAGAUUGCUUCAGAACUAGGAAUAAAGUUGAGAACAUCAAUAUCUUAACUAAUUGUUAUUUUAAAAUAAGUCUUGCUGUGGAAUAAAUAGGUGGUAAAAGAUUACAAAACUGUUUUUUACAGACUUGAUCCACAUUGAGACAUGACAAUGUACCAACCAAUUGUUCUGUCUCAGAGUUGAUUGUCAUUUUUACAGCUUUCAGCAUUUUUUAAAAGGUCAUAAAUUGAAGGCACUAUUUGUAAUACUGCUGACUGUAGAAUCAAGAGAAAGUGUCCUCACUAUUUUGUCCAAUCACUAUGCCGAAUCUUGUGUUAGGCCAUUCAACAUGUUCUUAGUCUCGAGCGGUUUCUGAAUAAUCAACAACAGCAUCCUGACCAAUAUUCCUCAGUACUAGAGUAUGGUGGCCAGUUUUACCACAGCGCAACUAUUUUUGGCUUAACUACUCACUGAAACUCUGAGGUGCAAGUAGGGGUGAAUCUUGAAAUUAGCAGUAUUGCCUUAUAUGUGCGUGAAUUGUUAGCUAUCAAAUGGCAUGCAGCACAAAGUAGAGAAAUAGGAUAUCACUUUCAGAAACUUAUGCAAAUAAAAUGUAUAUUUACAAAGAAACACAAUUUUUUGUGGGAAAGUGUUUCACAUAGUCAUAGAAUGUAAAUUCAGCCAAUUAAGCGUGUGUUUUUUUUGUUUCCGCAUGAGCCACCUAGUCUCAUCCAACCUUCCUGCUUGCUUCUCAUACUUGAUAUUCUUCACACAACUAUCUAAUUCAUUCAUAGUAAAAUUUAGACUCUAUCAACAACUGUUUAUGGCAGAGAAUUGCACAUUCUGAUCACUCUCCUGUAUAAUUUUUUUGUUGGAAGUUCUCUUUUAAUUCUUUUAAUUAUCUUGACUUAAUGCCUUUUUAUUACUGUCUUUCAAACCACUUUAAAACAACACAUCGCUAUUAUAACCAUUAACUCUCAUCUUUAUGAGCUCUGGUAAAAAAGCCUUAACUUCUCAAAUUCCUUCUCUCCUCCAUGGCAACAUCCUGAUGAAUCCACCCUGCUGGUUGUUGUCUUAAACGUCUUUCCUAUAAUAGGUGCCUCAAACUGUACAAAAUUCUCUAUUAGUAAUCUAAUUUGGCAUUUUCAGCAUUACCUGAUUUAUAUCCUGUGCCUCUAUGUACAAAAUGGAGGAUUCAAUUUCUCUUGUGUGCUUGAACCGCCACUUUUAACCUCCUACGUAUCUGCACUUUGCAGAAAAUUCUGCAGCGUUUUUUUAAAAAAUGCAUUGAAAUGUAUUAUUGUGCAGUUACAUAUGUUGUCAAAGCAAAGAAAAUUCUGUUUGGAGAUUCGCCUUUUCUAAACAAAAAUGUUUGAAGGCACUGCCUCUUCUAAGAAAGUUUACAUUUUUUUUCUCCCUAACCCUUCCAGUUUUAAUUUCUGCCAACACUUAUUGCAACUGCUCCCCAAGUUAUAGGUUAGUGUUUUUUUAAUCACUUAGUUUAACCGUAAUGGAUUAUUAUUGUGUGAAACCCUACAGUAGCCAUCCUUAAACAUUUAUCAUCUAAAUACAAGCUGUAUCUCCUUUUAAAUAAGAUUUUAGUUGAUUUUAAUUUAAAGAUGGCUGCCUUCUUAACCCUAAAUUAUGGUCUAUAUUAAAUCUCAGGUUGCUUCUCUAAGGUUAAGAAGGAUGUCCCUUUUUUAAAUGAAAAUGCAGUUCACUUGAGCAGCACUGGCUUAAUUCAGAUCUAGGGUGAUUAUUUUUUGAAAUGACUAGAAUACUUGCUGGUCUGUAAUAUUUAAGUAGCAGAAAAGUUACAAACUCAAAUUUUUAUCCACAUAAUUUUAAUGACCAAUUUAAUAAUUGGUUUAGAUUAAUAUUCUUGCUUCACCAUCACUUGCAUUGUGGGAAGUGUAGUCCUAUAGCAUACAAAGUUUAGGAUGACACUUUCCUUAAUGGUUUGCAACGUGUCACAUGGAGUAAACAAGUUAUAACCCAUCGUCAUUUUGUUGUAAACGAAGGCUCCUCUGUUUUGAGAUGCCAGGGCCUUUGCAAAAUCACAGAUAAUGUAGUGGAUUUCAGUAAUUGAUGUCCAGGAUUGUUGUUUGUGUCCACCUUUACUUUCCAGGGAAUUGCUGUUGCAACACCUUACCUAUGUUACGUAACGGUAUUGUUUGCCAUGUACUUUAUUGCCAAAAACCCUGUAAAAUCCAGAAGUGUAAAAUACUGCAACUUCAUUGAAAAUAAAUUGUUGAAAGAGUAAAA